AUGGGUUCACUACGCAGACUCUUCAUCUUCCUCAACAUACUCGCCGCUGCUGCAGUCAAAACUGACUCUGCCUCUGAGCACAAUUCAGCCCUCAGCGAUAGCCUGGCUUCGGAGACAGAAAAACCCAGUCUAGUCGAGACCUGUUCGUACAAGGAGCUCAGACAAGUCAUAAGACAAAAUACCGAAAGCGAAAUUCCGAGUGCUGAGGUCACAACAACAGAUGCGGUUUCAGCUACAGAUGUUUCCUCAGAAGUCGCUUCAUCAGCAGUUGCCUCCUCGCAGGAUGCCUCAUCUACUUAUUUCAAGCACUACAUCAUCUACCACCGAAGCUUCUGUUACGAGUACAACUUCAUCGAGUAUAACAUCGUCAACUUCCUCUUCAUCGACCGCUUCAUCGACCGCAUCAUCAACCUCGACAUUUAG